UUAACGUCAAAAACAUAUGUUAAGUGUUUAUUUUUAUUUUUGGUUUAUUUUGCUUGGCUCUUAUAUAAUUUUAAUAGUAUGAUAAUAUUGAUAACUACGUAAUUUAUAACAACGAAAAGUAUGUAGUGUGAAAUGGCUUUGCUUUUUAAACAUCCUGUAAGAUCUUUAAAAUUACCUAACGGUUGCUGGAGAAUGUAUUUUACUGACAAAAUUAAGAAAAAAAUAGACGAAAAAGAAAUAAAGAGGUGCUGUAACAUACUUGGUGUAGAAGAAUCAAGUAACCUGGAACAGAUAAGAAUUGCUUAUCUUGAUAUGGUUAAAAGAUAUCAUCCAGAUAGUGGUACAGAAGAAGCAAGGGCUGAAAAGUUUCAUGAAAUUGAUAAGGCCUUUCGAAUUUUAGUGGAUAAAACUAAAUUAAGCCAUAAUACUACUGAAGAAUGUAAUGUAGUUCAAGAACAAGAUAUAAAGCAUACUGCUCCGCAACACAGACAAUAUUUAAGUUUUGGUGGCUUAGGUGCAGGAAAUCCAUUUCAAAGGGAAAAACAAUAUACAAAAAUUCGUGCUUCACAAGCAGCACAAAACGUAUACAACCAUAGAAUAAGUAAGGUUACUGCUGAAGAACAUGCUCUUCUAGAUAAAGUUCCUUUAAAACAUAAAAUUAAAACAAAAUAUGGCUUUGAAAGAUUAGUUGAAGACUUAAUCCAAGAAUCUAUGUCAAAAGGGGAAUUUGAUAAUUUAAAAAAUACUGGUAAACCUUUACCAAGUUAUGAAAGUCGUAAUCCAUAUGUGGAUUUUAUCACACACAAAUUAAAUGAAGUUUUAAUUGAUAAUGGAUUUACGCCAGAAUGGAUUUUACUUCAAAAAGAAAUACGCGAGGAUAUCCUGAUCCUUAGAAAGAACUUAUUCACUGAAAGACAAUAUUUUGGACCGUAUCCAUUAACAAUAGAAGACAAUAUUGAGUGGAGCGAACAAGUAUAUAAAUAUAAGGAACUAGUCAAUAAAAUAAAUAAAAAAAUUGCCAAAUUUAAUCUAGUCGUACCUAUUUUAAAUAAACAAAUGAUCCCGAUAUGUUUAGAAAAAGAAGCCCAAAAAGCAAUAGUCAUUGGACAAGGAUAUGAAGAUUUAAGAUCGGAGUCUUCAACUGUAAAAGAUUCACACAGAAAAAUUGACCAAUCUUCUAGCAAAACUGACGGUUUGUUGAGUAUUUUCUCUUUGUUUUUUAAAGGACAAUAAACAGAGAUUGUAAAAUCUAUUGAGACAAUAGUCUUUAAUAUAAAGGGUGUAAAUGAAUAAGUGAGAAAAGUCAGCUUGAACUACAGUUACUUGUAUUUUAGAAUCUAAUAUAAACUUUUUAAUUUUAGAAUAAAGUAUGAAAAACUUUUUUACAAUCAAGUAUAAAUUUGUAAUAUAGAAUCAAGUAUAAACUUUUGAUUUUCGAAUAAAGUUGGGCAAACUUGUAUUUUAGAAUAAAGUAUGAAAAACUUGGAUUUUAGAAUCAAGUAUAAACUUUCGAUUUUAGAAUUAAAUAGGAAGAAUUUUAUAAUUAAGUAUGAUGUAGGUAUGUUAGGCAAAAAGAGACGCGCAUCAGAAUCAUAUUAAAGAGCCACUGUAGUGGAAAAUAUAAUCUUUAUUUUGACAUACUGUAUUUACCUAAAAUACCGCUUUAUGCUAACGCCAUGUUAGAGCUAGCAAGUAGCUAGCCAAAGGAGCUAGCUUUACUUUAUCCUAUACGCAGUCGGCCACGUCUAGCUAACAAACAACUUGAUUUGACAAGACCGACAUAGCUAAGACAUGUAUACCGACCCAAAACAAAUAACUUCGUAGGGAAACGCCAUAUGAAAACAAAUCGCACCUAUUUAUUUAUACCCUGUAUAAAUGAUACGGGAUUGACUAGGUAGUUUUCAACCGUUAAAUUAAAAUAAUUUUUAAAUGGUUUUUAUCAGAUGACCAAAAUAAUAUCUUAUUUAUUUCAAAUAAAAAUGACUCCCAAUAAACAAACAUUGACGUAUAAUGAUGUUUUUUGUUAAAAACUUUUGCCAAACGUGUGUGUAAAUAUAUUUUUCUAUCGAUUAGUAAAUAACAAUAUUUGUUUGUGAAAAUUGGGAGCGUAUUUAUUUUAUUUAUUUUUCAUUUUUAUUCAAGAUAUACAAUUUCAAAAAAGUACUCUUGACAACUAUAGCCUUAUCUUUGGUCUUAAGAGCAAAAGAAUACACAUGACAGUUUGAUAUUUUAUUUCAAAGUAGAUUUUUUCUGUAAUCAAACUAUAGGUAUUCUGUAGUCUAUUCCAUCUGAAUAGAUUAUAGCUAGUAAGAUUUAUAAAUAAUAAAAGUAGAUUUUGUUUCUGUUACAGAUUACUUCUUUGUUUAUUGUCCUAUAUUACGUUUUCUAUCCACCCUUUGCAAUAAGUAUCUAAUUAUUUUGUUAAAUUGUGGUAAUGAGUUAAAAGAUAAUAAUUAAAUAAAAAAUUAUAUUUUGAUUUAAAUUGCACAACCAAACAUACAAAGUAAUCAACAGUAAACAAAGUGAUAUGAAUAGUUAUAGGUAUAAUUAAACAUAUUAGUAAAAAAAAUAAGUUCAUAAAUAUAUUUGGCAAAUAAGACAUCAAUGUGAUGUAAACUUAAUCUAUAGAUGAAAGAAAGUUGUCAAUUUUUUAACACAGAGUAAACAUGAAUUGUGAUCAGAGUAUAAAAUAUGUCUAACAAUUUUCUUUAUACGUUAAAAUAUUAUUGUAUAGUGAGUUGAUUAUUAUAAGGUUUUUUUGCCAUAUUAAAAGGCCUGUAAUAUUUAACAUAAAUAUAUUAAUUUGAUUGCUACGAAUUUACUUGCAUUAAUUUAAAUAUAACUAUUGUAUUUGUGUACAAGUAAAAUCAAACACGCAAUAAAAUUACAAACUAUUGAUUUUAUAAACCUCUUCCAAAAACCUUUCUGAGAAUAAUCCAAUAAAUAAAAUUCUGAAAAUCAAAACAGAAAUUAGUAAAUUAAAAUGGGAACGCAAUUUAAAGAUCAAAUUUAUAUUGAUAAGAAAUUAUUAAGCAAUUUUUUAUGCUACAUUUUACAUGCGAAUGAUACUGAAUUACUCUAAAGUUAAAUUUUGGAAGCAGUUUACGCAUAUAUAAAUAUAAAAAUAUGAUUAAAUAUUUUUUUUAAAUCAAGUUAAUAGUAACAGAAUACAUAUUAUUGUAAAAUCGACCUAUAUUGAAAUUAAUUUUAUUUACAUAUAUAA